AUGAGCGCCUCGUAUUCUCGAGAGCGGCUCUACGAGAGUGGUCAGAUGGAGAUGGUCGAUGAGGUAAUCUGGCAGCAACACACAUAUGUUCUCGAAAAAAUGCCAGCAUUCGGCUUCGGCAUCGCCGUUUCCGGUGGAAUCGACAAUCCAACCGCCCGCACAGGGGACACUUCCGUAAUGAUAUCCGAUGUUGUCAAGAACGGCCCGGCCUGGGACAAACUUCAAGUUAACGAUCAACUCCUCCAAGUUAAUUCGAUGUCAAUGGAGAACGUGACGCACAACCAAGCGAUAGGCUUUCUGAAGAAGGCUGGUAGACGCGUUGAACUUACUGUGAAAAGAAAAGCGAUCGUCAAGGUGCCGGCGCGUCUUGGAGGGCGGUCGACCUUGGGAAGAAGCCGACAUCAUUCAGAAUCGAGAGAUUCGCGCGACAGAAGCUAUUCAUCAGACAGAAGACGGAGCAGAUCGAGAGGAAGGAGCUACAGUCACUCAAGAUCAGGCUCCAGGUCGUACAGCUACAGUGAUGACUAUAGCGACGAUGACAGACGAUCAUACCACUCAAGACGAUCAAAACGAAGCGAAAGAAGUCGUCGUUACUCCGGCCAAAGUAGAAAGAGCCAUCGAUCGCGACAGGACUUGACCGACAUUUCCCCACUCUCUCCCGAUCGGCCAGACGCGCCCACUGAUUACAAUACGACGCAACUCCCCGUGAAAGCUGCUCCUCCAGAAACGGUGAUUUUGAGCAAGGGCAAAAUGGCAAAGGCAUCGUAUGGCAUCAGACUUGGCACGCGUAUCUACAUCCAAGACGUUCAACCCGGCUCUCUUGCGGACCAAAAGGGACUCAAAAGCGGAGAUAUUGUUCUAGCAAUCAAUAGCAACGGCGUUGAUAAUAAAUCUGUCAACGAAGCUAUUCAGGAACGCGGCUAA